GCAGUAGACUGUGUCGGUGUCGGGGAACACCACGAAAACACGGUUAAAUCUGUGUGAGGUAAUGUCGGGGUAAUGAUUGAUUUGUGCGUCCCGUGGUGGGAAUAUAAUUCACAGCCAGUGCAUGCUUGAUUUAGUUCCUCUGACGUAUCCUCGUCAGACUACCGUGCUUUGUUAAACGGCUUCCGCGGGUUCCGUCUCAUAGAUCAGUGCAGGCUGCGGUCACCCUUGCUUAAGUAUUUUAUUACCUCUUGCAUCGCAAGCUGAUCGGGAGCACACAAAUGCCUCGGAAUCACCUGUGACGGUAAGGACGUUACGUUUCCCACAGCGUUAUGACGUUUUAUUCUUCAAUAUCAUUACAGACCCAGGUUCAUUGUUACGCCCUGAUGUAAAAGUGUCAGCACGUUUGAAGCGAAUCAAUGUGGGCUAUCAGGGUAUCUGCUAACGGGUGUGUCGAAGGUCAUUUGUUUGAAUACCUGUUGAGUCCUGUCCUAUAGUAGCUUGAGUUUUCUUGUUGAAUAUUAAUAGCGUGGCGUUUGAUUCCAGCCCUGACGCUUUUGCGUGCAGUCACUACUCAGUCAGCACCAUGGAGAGAACCUACCUGGUACCACUGCUGCACAUGGUAGUCUUCAUCACGACAGCUGCGGAGGAGGAUACUUCCGGGUCAGGAGUGUCAACAACAGCGACACCAAGGUUCUCUCCUCCAUCUACAAGCCAGAUGCCAGCCUUCGGACCACCCUUAGAUUACGAGCCGUGGGUCAGGCCACAGGAAGGGGGGCCUCCAGUGGACGUAAGAUGCAGCGUCUACAUCGACACAAUGGGCUCGUUUUCGGAGAAAACAAUGGACUUCUCCCUGACAUUGAUUCUUGGCUGUGAGUGGCAGGACCAGCGUCUCGCUAACGUGUCCUCGGUGCCGUGGUACCCUCCGCCCGGCUUCGACAUCUGGACGCCCGUCAUCGAGGCCGUGGCAAAGUCGGAUGACGAGACGCCGCCUGUUCUCAGCGUCUCACACGACGGAAGCGUCCUCCGUAUGGCAUGGCAUACUAUGAAAAUCACGUGUCUGAUGCAACUGCAAGCCUACCCGUUGGACAGACAGAAGUGCAGCUUACUCUUUCAUAUCCGAGGAGGCGUGAGGGUCCUGUGGGGUUGGGAUACUUACUGGUUCCCGGGUGAAACUCCGGUGGUAACCCGUACCUCGGGUCUUCAUUCUCAACUUAAACUGGAGAGCGUGGAGACUUUCGCCUAUGUCAACUCUCUUGUUUCUCCAGAGGCCAUUUGUGUGUACGAGGGAGGCGUGUGCGACUAUCAUAUGUCGGAGGACUGUCUCCGUAAGCAGUGCACGAGUGUGGAGAAAAUUACAACCCAGGAGUGCAGGAACUGCAACUACUUCGGCGGCAUGUGUAUGAACAAUACUUCAGAGGAUUGUGAAAGCCUGGCGUAUGUUGUACACGGAGACAGCGUGUUUACGACCGGAGAGCUGCGCUUCACCCUGACCCGGCGGCUGUCCUACCAUCUCCUGCAGACCUACAUCCCGUCCAUGAGCAUCGUGGCAAUGUCAUGGGUGUCCUUCUGGAUCAACAUGGAGUCUGCCCCGGCAAGGACAGGACUCGGCGUCACAACUGUACUCACAAUGAUCACUCAGAGUGGGAGAAUCAUCGCCAUGCCGGAAGUAUCGUACGUGCGCGCUGUGGACGUCUGGUUACUCGGCUGCCAACUCUUCGUGUUCCUGGCUCUCAUCGAGUUCGCCGCGGUGAACUACAUCUCCAGGAGAAUCCGGAUGGACGGUGACUCAGAAAACGGCGUGAAUGGAAAAGUUCUCGGCAAGAAAGAGGGUGUCGGACUUCCCCUUCCAGACCCUCUGGUCAGAUCCAAGAAAAAGAUGACGGGGAUGGACAUUGCCGACGCCGUGGACCAUUUCAGUCGCAUCGGCUUCCCUGUGGCCUUCGUCAUAUUUAAUGUAUUAUACUGGGCACUGUAUGUAGUAAUUAUGCGCGAACCCAGGGCAAAACAGUAACUCUUGUUGACCACAUUCAUGGUUGCGAGUACGCAUUUGCAGCGACUGGAACUGUGGGUAAUGGGUCAAAGGUGAAGCCCCUGAGACAUAAACAAAUGUCGUCUGCACAUUGUUAUGCCAAUCGAGACAAGAGAACUGUUUUCUAAUAAGGGGCCUUCACCUAUGACAUAUUACCCACAAUUCCCGUCACUGAACAUGAGUAAUCAGAACCGUGAAAUUGCUUAUACAUGCCUCCUUUCAUGCUGUUAUAUAUAGGGUCAUGGUGAUUUGAUUAUAUCGAUGACAUCCUCUGUAAACAUCCUAACAAAGGCGAUCAUGAGAAAACAAAGUUUGGCAAAAAUGCCUUUUGAAAUCUACGCAGUCUGGAAGGUUUGACAAAUAAUAAUAACUUUAUUGCACAACAGUUUUACGAGGUACAAAGUAUGGCAUCUGACUAAACGCACAGAGUAUGAUAUGCCGAACAAUAGAUUCUUCAUUUUGUUCUCUCACGCUGAAUUAUCUUUGGCAUAAUUAUCUGUUUUCCGUUAUUCUUUUUCAUUUUAGGGCAUAUAUAUUUGCUCCUUUUGCAACUGCUUUGCUUAUUUUGCUACUGACAAAAUUUAUGUGUGGAUGUCAUCCAUAUGUUAAUCGAAUCAACAUACAUGUGUGGAAGGUCCUGAAUAAUAAGUACAUACAACAUCCUCUACAUUGUAUAUCUACAGACUACACAUGGUAUGUGUUUGCAAAAUCAAAAACCAAAAGUACAAGUUAUUGAUAACUUCAUCUCUAUCAGAUUAUGAUCAAGUGGACAGCUGGAGCUGUGGCAUUUCUAACUUCUAGUCAUAAUAUCAAGCCUCCUUAGCAGUCUUCGCAGUUAUAGGCCUCCUGUUUUUAUAUUAAUAAAAAAAGAAACAAACUAUUCUCCAACUCAAGACAUUCCACUCACCUGAAUUUGCGACGAAAUCUCUUGGUCUCUUUCAGCUAUAUGUCCCGAGUACUAUAGACACGUGAUUUUAAAGCACGUGACCUCAGCACUAGCUCUUCAGAAGUCGGUACCGCCCCCCGCCCCCAACAAAAAGUAUGCCUUGAUGUAGAUGGUCUGCUUUACUACUCUCACAAAAUAGAGAGACGGUGAAUGAAAUUUCUUAGCUGAACAACGUGCAGUUUAUCUGUUCUCAUUCUAUGCCAGUUACCUACUCAAAUGAACUUUGAUAUACAAUACUUGCUUCAUAUGUGCAGUUUUCUGAUUUUACAUCACCUUUCUGGUUCCAGGAUUUCCAACGGCUUUCUCUUUGCCGAAUUUAUGCAGGCGUUAGGCUGUCAGAAACCCGGAAGCAAUAUCAGGAAACUGAAUAUACAUUAUCAGAAAAACGGCAUAAAUAAAAUUGAAUUUCUUAAAGAAACAACAUACCAACGAAGCCUGUUCCUUGAGGCUGGAUAGAUCAUGUUACAAUCGGGUUCACAUGUCAAUUGGAUUUCCAGACGUUGGAUAAAUUGCUGCAGUAUGAAACGAUGCGUGAGGAUCACGAUAAGCGUCAGAAUCAAUGAGAGAUUAUCGGUGCGAUUCUGACACAAAGAGGUUGUGGCAACGGCGUGGUGUACCCACAGUGGCGACAAAUUAGUUAUUUCUACACGGUCGAACGUUCUGUCAAAUACAGUGCAAUAUAACUAGCCAGGGCAGGAAAUACUUUUCCUAUAUACUUGCACUGGUG